AUGAAUGCGCCAGUCCCCACCCCCGUGAUGGAGAAACAAAGAAAUGCCCCAAACAAGCCCUUUCAUGGCAAACGACACAAGAACAAGAAGGCGCGUCUCGCUGCGGAUCGUACCAAAAGUGAUGGCUUUGACGAAGUCUUACAAGCCGACAUUGAUCAACUGCUCAAACGCAACCGCGCUGACCAGGACCGAGCUGACGACGCGAACGAGUCUGCGCCUAGUCUCCCCGAGGCAUUCACAGAGCUAGAUGUGAUUAUAUCAGAGCUCUCCUCGACGGGUGAUGGCCUGGGACUCUCUGAAACUGGGGAUCACGUUUAUGUCGUGCCAUUCACAGUUCCUGGGGACAAGGCGCGCAUUAAAGUAGUCCGCCAUUUCCCUGAGUUGUCAUAUAGUAUGACCGACUUUAUCAAGGUGCUGGAACCAGGGCCACUGCGUGAUGACUCCCGAAUUAAAUGUGGUUACUUUGCACAAUGUUCUGGAUGUCAAUUACAGAUGAUGUCCUACGAAGAGCAGCUUGCUCACAAAAAGCGUAUUGUCGAGAAGGCUUACGCAAAUUUUUCCGGGCUCAUUCCAGAACUUAUCCCAGCAAUUGGCGAGACCUUCCCAUCUCCUAUGCAAUUUGGAUACCGGACCAAGCUUACGCCUCAUUUUACCCUGGGUGGUGCUCGCAAACCUAAAGUUUGGUCUCCUGAGGAGCCCACCGUGGUCCCGCCCAUUGGAUUUUCAUACAAGGGUCGACGAGGGGAAAUGGAUAUUGAAGAUUGUCCCCUCGGAACAGACAUUGUGCGCCGCGGUCUCAAGAGUGAGAGAAAGCGUGUGGCUGAGAACAUCCGUAGUUACAGCAGAGGCGCUACUAUUCUCUUGCGGGAAUCGACUACCCGCGUCCCUAAGGAAGAUUCAGCUGAAGCUGGAAAGAACACCAAUGAAUUCUUGACGCCGGGCUCAGAUACCGGUGACCUGAUCCAGAUCGAGCACGAAAAGUACACAGAAGAAAAACGAUGUAUUAAAGACCAAAACGCGAAAACUGUUGAGUAUGUCGACGACUAUAUUUUCAGCAACAAAGCGGGGGCUUUCUUCCAGAACAACAACUCCAUCCUUUCCGGCUUCACCGAAUUCAUUCGCUCUCAAGCUAUUCCCGCAGGUAACGACCAAGACGCCAAACCCAUCAAAUACCUUCUGGAUGCUUACUCCGGCUCUGGCUUGUUUACCAUCACCUUAUCUCCGCUCUUCAAGUCCAGUCUCGGAGUGGAUGUAGCUGGCGACUCCAUUGUUUCCGCGCGUGAGAACGUUCGCGCUAACAAUCUGCCCAACACUGGGUUUGCUGCAGCUGAUGCUGCUGUUCUGUUCGAAGAUGUGCCUUAUCCACCUGACCAAACUCUUCUUGUCAUCGAUCCGCCUCGCAAGGGGUGCUCGGAAGAUUUCCUCCGGCAGCUUCUAUCAUUCAAGCCUCGCCGUGUGGUCUACGUGAGCUGCAAUGUCCAUACUCAGGCUCGUGAUGUUGCCGUCAUGGUGCAAGGCGAUGAGAAGAAGAAUGUUCGGUAUGAAAUCGAAAGCAUCCGUGGCUUCGAUUUCUUCCCCAGACAGGGCAUGUCGAGGGUGUGGCCAUCUUGA